AUGGGAUGUACUACUUCAGGUGAUACUGUCACAUUGUCAUUUAAUGAUUUUCAAUUACUUAAACUAGGAACUUAAUCUAUAGAGUUGACUCAAUUGUUUUUGGUUGCAAACAAUUUAAUAAAUGAAGUCUAACAACUAUAUAAGAAAGUUGAAGGAAAUAGACUCAUUUUAUUACGCAUUACAAAAGUACAUUUAUAAAUCCAUAUUAUAGGUAUCAUUAACAGGUAAUCAGACAUUAAUAGAUGCAUUUGGAUUUUGGACUAGAUAUGUUUCAAUAUGUAACCUUGGAUAGAGUGGCUAGAAUGGAGUAUUUUACAAAUUUGAAAAUGAAGGUAUUCCAAAAAGACUAUUUUUAUAGGAAAAUAUUUGAACUAUAACUUAGGUUUGAGUGGCGAUUUAAAAUUAUAAUGGUUUGGGGAGGUUUUGAAUGAUUAUCUUAAAGCACUAGAAGGGAUUACAAAAAUAAUCCCAACCAUUAUUGAAUAGUUAAAAGUAGUUCUGGAAAAGGUUGUAAGCAUGACAGUAAAUGUUAAAGAGAAGAAUCAAACUUCUAGACAUAAUAUAAGUUUAUUAAAAUUCAAUAUAAGUUUCAUAAAAAUUAUCAACAUAAAAAUCAUAAAGUAAAAUGAAGAACUAGAGAUACUUAGAAAUAAAUAUAAAUAAGUAGCAUAAGCUGCAGAUGAACAAGGAAUAAAACUCUAUAAUAAAUAUGGAGUAAGAAAAUUGCAGAAUGAAGAAAAAUAUUGUUUAAAAACAAAAAUUAACAUUAUUAUAGAAUAAUGUUAUUAAGGUUAAAUGAGAUCUGAAAUAGAAUAGGAAAUGUAGUAAAAAGAAAAAGCAAAAAGAAAAUUAAAGAAACCUUAAUGGACUUUUGGAGAUGAUAUUGGAAUUGGAAUUAAAAAAUUUCCUUUUAGAAUUAGAUGGACAGGUUGUGAAUGUGUUGAUCAUUCUUUUUUUAUUAUCUCGAAUUAUUUAGAAAAUCAUAGUAAACAUCUACUCUUAUUGAGAAAAUUAUCAGUUAUUUUGAGAUAUUUGACAUAGGCUUAUAAAACUGAUGAGGACACAUUAACAAGAGCUUGGUCAAUAUUUUGUUGUUAUUUAAAUUAAAGGGAAAGAACAAUUAUAUAAAAUAGUAUGUCUAUUUUAGAAGGAUUGAAGAGACUUAAACUUAAAGAUCAGAAUGCUGAAAAAUGCAGAAUCUAUUUCAUUUAGUAUAUUGAGUAAUUUGAUAAAGAAUUAAUAGAGAAAUUAGAAUAGGAAUGGGAAAAUUAUAUAGAAGGAUAAUCAAAGGUAUUAUCAUUAUGGUCGAAUAAUUAAAUAUUUUCUACUAUUGAAUUCUAAGAACUUGAUAUACAUGAUAAAUAUUAUGCAUUAACAAGUAUGGCUAAAAAUGUUUAUGCUCUUUAAAACUAUUUUCCAGUUGCUACUAAAAUAUAUAAUACAGGUAUUUAGUAUUUAUUUAUAUUUUUAGUUUAUUAAAGAAAAUUGACAAAAGGAAAGGAUUUUCUCAAUCAAAUGCAAUCAAUAUAUAUAUCAUCAGGAAUCUAUUCUCUUCCAUUUGAAAAUCUGCACACCUUAAAUAAAGUAGAAGAUGAUAUUUAAAUUGUGAAAAAUAAGGAGAUAAAGUUCAAAUAUGCAUAUAGCAAAUUCUAAUAGAAAGGUUGA